GUCUGGGUUUCCAAAUGCUUGUAUGAGCCUACAGGCCAACUCAAGCAAAAGAUCCAGGCCUGCUGGUUUCACCCUCCACUGGAGCCCAAACCAUCCCCUCCUGAGCCUGGCUGGUACUUCCGGCAGAGGCUGUUUAUCUGGGCACCGAUGAGGAUGUGGGGGAUCCCCUCAAAGUGCCCCCAGUGUUCCUCAAAGAUGAACAGCUCCGGGAUUUACCGGAAGGUAAGGGAGGUGAUCGACGUGGAUAGCCGCUAUUAUCUUGUGGGAGCGGACUAUCCACGUUGCUGCAGGUGCUCGCAGCCGGUCUGCCCAUGGAGCUGCGACAUGCUCUCGCAGCUGGAUGUGGCACACAGGAGCCUGUUUCCCGCUGUCCUCACAACACAGCUGGCUCUGGAUAGGAAAGUGAUGACCUUCCUGAAGCCGAGGACCAGCGGGAACAGUUCCUCCUACCUCCAGUCUGCCAUAGCGGAAGGUCACAGCGAGGAGUGGGCCCGGCAGACCAUCCGCUACCUGGCUGACUGCGAGCUGCACAAAAAGAUGGCUACAUUUGUCCUCUCUGCAGCCAUAUACCCUCCUCCACCACCCUUCAGGCCCCUUCCACUCGCCCAGUGGUUUGAGACAGUCCACUCCAACGACAUCCUCAGCCACGUGGAGGAGAUGAAGGGUGUGAUCACUUCAACCUAUGGGAGAAUCCUGAAAAUGGACUCCACAAAGAAGGUGAGGGUUUCAACAGUAGAAAAAUAUACAAAAUUGUAUAAUUACAACCAAACAGGAAAUUGGUUUACUUCAUAGUGCUUGUGUUUGUUUUACAGGUCACCAAGAAGCUGGCUGGUGCAAUCGGGGACAGUGCCGCCUGGAUGUCGAACAUCGGCAACGAGUUUGGCCAGGUGUUGAACUCUGUGCUGACGGCGGGUGAAGGUGCAGGGUUAGAGGAGUUGUGCCAGGGCGUCGUCACCCGGUAUAGGAAUGCGGGCCAACCUGAACCUGAGGCCAUCUAUGUUGAUCGGGACUGCUGCAGCCAGUCAGGUGUGUCUGCAGUGGCGAAACUCUUUCGCCCAUGGAGGUCUGCAGUGCGCCUGGAUAGCUUCCAUUUUAUGAGGCGCUUUAACUGCGGCCUCACAACCGAACACCACCCUCUCUAUGGCACCUUUUGUGCCAAGCUUUCCGCCUGCAUUUUUCUCUGGGACCAGGAGGAUGUGCAACGCCUGAAGGAGGCCAAGAGAGCGGAGUGGAAGAGCAGCCACAGCGGACAUACUCCCACUGACGACCAGCUCAUGGCCACCAUCAGCUCAGCUGAAAUUAAGAGGCACUGCAGGAGGAGGACGCGUGGAGUGGAGGAGAUGCGGAGCAGUAUUUCAGGGCUCCUGGAAUCUGUGUGGGAGCUCACAGACACCACAGGGCUGCGUCUGGUGAGCCAUGACAGCAUGCGCCACGUGUGGGAAGUUCAGCAGAAGCACCUGGAGUGCCUCCAAGACCCUGCAGGUGUUGCACUCUACACAAAGGUGGGGACACUCCAGAAGGGCGGCAAGGAGCUGGACAUCCUUAGGUGUGGUAGGGGGUCCUCCUCCCUGGAGAGUUUCCACCGGCACCAGUGUGCUUUCAUUCCAGGUACAUUUGCAUGUGUUGUGAUUAUUCAAAAUAGCACAAUUACCACUGACGGGUAUUCAUAUGUAUUCACUUUACAAUAAGGGUUGACUGGACAGAGUGUUUUGUUUCUUAGGCUGGCGGUGCAAUGCUUUGCACAUGCAAAUGUACAUGCUGGAGGGUAUAUCAAGGUGGAACAUGGGCCGGGCCAAGGAGGCAGUAGAUGUGGAGGGGGCCUCCACCCUAAGAAGCUUCGAUGUUCGGUUGAUGUCCCACCUUAACAACCUAAGCCAGCGUGUGCAUGGUUGUGCUCUGGUGCCAGAGUUCACCCUUCCUGGGAAACCUACUGGUAAGAGAGAUCUCAGAGCAACACUGGUUGCCCGGAGUAUUACAUCCCCUCCUCUUUUUCUUAGGCACCCCCCUACCCAGAGGACAUGCAUUUCUUGAGUGCAAAGAUUGUGCUAUUCAUGUAGGAGAUGGAUGUAUGUACAGUAUGUAUGUCCUUUCUUUAUCUUUGUGUCUAUGCUGGUUACAGGCGAACGCAUAGCCGUGGAAUAUUUAUUGGAGCAGACCAAUAGAGGCGACCUGCUGGCUCCAUCACAGGCCUCCAUCUCAGAAAUCCCCUUGCCGGUGCUGGAGGAGGAGGAGGAGGAGGAGGAGGAGGAUGAUGCCAUCAGCAUGCCUGCCAUCAGCGUGCCUGCCAUCAGCGUGCCUGCCAUCAGCGUGCCUGCCAUCAGCAUGCCUGCCAUCAGCAUGCCUGCCUCUGUCACAGAGACCAGCCAAUGUGAUUCGAGGGGCGUUCCGGGGUGGGACGCAGUAGAUGCCCUUGCUGCCUACCUACUCGGAUUAAACCGCACCAUCACGGCCUUGUCAGCCAAGGAGGAGGCGGACAUAGUUCGCCUGUACGCGGCUUUACAUGCGAUGGAUCGGAAACCUUCAAGGUACAAAAUAGUAAUUAUUAUUAUUAUUACACCAAAAUUAAACAUACAUUCCAUGGAAUGAAUUAAGCAUAUGGAUGUCUCU